CAAACUAAGUUUCAAGAUGGAUGCCACAAAACGGCCUUUGCUUAUUCCUCCAGAAUUUGCAACUUACGCAGAGAAACAUGGCAUAUUUGAAAUGUAUACGAAACUUUUAGAGCAGCUUUUGAUAAACAAACCAGAUGACCCUCUGACAUUUUUGAUAGAGCUUCUGAAAAGAGACAGUGAUGAUGCUCCUCAAGUGGUUAUCAUGGGGCCACCAGCUGCCGGCAAGAGGACCAUUGCAAAAAUGGUGUGUAACAGGAUUCGUGCUGCAUACCUGACAAUGGAUAAUCUUAUACAAGAAGCAGAGAUUGAGAUCCGGAAAAAGGCGCAAGAGUAUAUUAAGAAAAAUGAGACAAUACCAACAGAGCUGUGGCUGAAGAUCAUCAAAGAGAGGAUGAAGUCAUAUGACUGUAUUAAAAGAGGUUGGGUGUUGGAAGGGUUCCCACAGACACGAGAGCAAGCCCUGGCACUACAGGCAGAGGGCAUAUAUCCAAAGCAUUUUGUUCUUUUGGAUGCUCCAGACACUGUGUUGAUAGAGAGGGCUGCAGGAAAGAGAGUAGAUCCAGAAACAGGGGAUGUUUACCACACCACCUUUGACUGGCCUAGCAAUGCUGAGGUGGCGGGUCGCCUGGAGCCUGUACCUGGUAACAGUGAGGACGAACUGGUCAAUAAACUGGUCGUGUAUCACAGGCAUAUCGAGGGUCUCAAGACGUGUUACAGCAAGAUCCUCAAGAUUAUCAAUGCUGACCAGCCUAAAGGGGAUGUCUUUGCACAAACAAUCACAUUCCUGGGCAGCAGGUUACGGAAUGCUGCCCCUCACAACCCCAGGGUUGUGUUACUGGGGCCAACUGGCAGUGGCAAGGGUGUCCAAGCUGCUCUGCUGGCUAAUAAAUAUAACAUUGUAAAUAUUUCCUGUGGUCAGUUGAUAAAGCAAGCCAUUGUUGAUGAGACAAAAGCUGGACUGGCAGCAAAACCCUAUCUGGAAAAAAACAUGUUGGUGCCUGAUGCCAUCCUAUUGAACAUCCUAAAACAGAGGCUGGGUCAGCUGGAUUGUGUUAGUAGAGGCUGGGUGAUGCAUGGCUACCCUAAGACCACAGAGCAGGGAGAACAACUGGUACAUGCAGGCUUCACCCCUAACAGGGUGUUCUUCCUGGAUGUUCCUAAUGAUUCUGUAAUUGAGCGCCUGACUCUGCGCGCCACUGACCCCAUCACAGGAGAGCGUUACCACAUGCUGUACAAUCCUCCGCGCACACAGGAGGUGAAAGAGAGGCUGCGCAGGGCCCCCAAGGACUCUCCCGAGGAGGUCCAGAAGAGGCUAGGGGCUUAUCAGGCCUUUGUGGACGAACUGACGGAUUACUAUGUGGAUGCCCAGCACGUGAACGCAGACCAGGACCCCCACACUGUGUUUGAGUGUCUGGAGAGCAUGAUGGUGAACCCUAUACCACAGAGGUUUGAUGACUGAGAACACCAUACAUUAUAAACUGUGCAUGAAAUACAUAGAUUACAGAUAAUAGGGUCACAUUGAGCUGUCCAUGUUCUGUGAAUAUUUUUAAAUUAGCUUCCCGUGGUGAAAACCACCACUAUGACUAUGAUCUUGUCAUGAGGAAAAUUUGAUUUUUUUUUUUUCAUUUCUUUUUAUGACAUAAAAACCUAUUUAUUAUUAUUUUUAUACCAUUUGAUGGGAAUGCUAUCUACAACUAUUUUUCAUACUGUGCUAAAACUUAUUAUUUUUUUUUUGUCUUCUUGAAAUACUAAAAUGAAAAAUUUCUUAUUGUACAUACAUUUUCCAGUCUAAAUGUGGGGAAUAAAUGUGAAGGCUUUCAAGAGUCCUAAAUCCGUGUUUUAAAUGUUUGAAAUGAGGUAUUGCAUUUGUAAUUGUAUGUUUUUGUUGAUACA